CCAUGUCUUCAUUGUGGUAUGAUCCGUUUAUCAACAAAGGCCUAAUUCCUGACAGACUAUUAGCCAUGGCCAUACGCAUCUUGCUGCGCGAUAGGUUGGCCAGUCUCGAAUGCGGAAACAUUCAGAAAAACCAAGAAGAAAAAAUGGCUUUUGCGGAGACGUUGAGAGAAAGUCCGAUAGCGAUUGAGACUGAUAAAGCCAACCAACAACACUAUGAAGUUACUACUGAAUUUAUGCAAUUGUCUCUUGGAAGUAGGAUGAAGUAUUCCUGUUGCCUAUUUCCAACAGGCAAAGAGUCUCUUGACGAGGCGGAAGAAUUGAUGCUUCAGACGUAUUGUGAGAGAGCUCAAUUGGAAGAUGGAAUGAGCAUACUUGAUUUAGGAUGUGGGUGGGGGAGUCUAUGUCUGUAUUUAUGUGAGAAAUACCCAAGUGCAAAAGUCACUGCAUUGUCAAAUUCAGCAUCACAAAAAAUUUACAUUGAAUCUGUUGCAAAGAAAAAAGGAUUUAACAACCUGACUGUAAUAACUGCAAAUAUAGUAGACUUUUCUUUUGAUGGCAACAAAGAAUUUGACAGAAUACUGUCAAUUGAAAUGUUUGAACAUAUGAAAAAUUAUGAAUUUCUCAUUGAGAAAAUCUCAAAAUGGCUAAAACCAAAUGGGUUGUUGUUUGUUCACAUCUUCUGUCACAAAGAAAAGGCAUAUGGAUUUGUGCCAGGUGAUGGUUGGAUGGGAACAUAUUUCUUUACAGGUGGAACAAUGCCAUCAAAGGAUUUGCUUCUCUAUUUUCAAAAAGAUCUCUACCUGAAAAAACAUUGGUUGGUCAAUGGGCAACACUAUGGGCAAACAGCGAAAGAAUGGCUCAAAAUAUUGAGCAAGAAUAAAAAGGCUUCACUUCCUAUUCUGGCCGAAACAUAUGGUGCUGAAAACGCAACUGCAUGGUUUAACAGGUGGAGAACAUUUUAUUUAGCUGUUGCUACAAUGUUCAGUUAUAAUCAGGGCAAUGAAUGGUUAGUUAGCCAUUAUCUUUUUGAAAGGAAAAAAUAG